AUGUCCGUAGAACCGCGUGGCCCGGGCAAUGCGGUCCCUUCAAUGGUCACGACCAUGGUCAAGGUCGACGGGAUGACCUGCGGCACUUGUACCUCUGCAGUAGAGGGCGCGUUCAAGGGCAUCGAUGGCACGGGUGACGUUUCUGUGAGCCUGAUGAUGGGCCGAGCUGCUGUACAGCACGAUCCGUCCAUACUGGCUCCCGCGAAAGUUGCGGAGAUGAUUGAGGACUGUGGAUUUGAUGCGACAGUACUAUCAACCGAGGAGCAGACACCGAACACCGAUGCAGAUACCACCGAUUCUUCCGUCCGAACGUCAACGACCACCCUCGCGAUCGAAGGCAUGACCUGUGGCGCAUGCACCUCCGCAGUUGAGAGUGGGCUUAUCGACGUCCCCGGCGUGAAACUUGUCAAUGUGUCUCUGCUGUCUGAACGCGCGAUGGUGGAGCAUGACGCGCAGGUGAUCACGCCGGAACAAAUCGCUGAAAUUAUCGAGGACCGGGGGUUUGGAGCGCGGGUGCUAGAAACAAAGAUGUCCUCUGCUGGUCAGGGAGAUCUAUCCACGUUGCCAGAGGUGGUUGAGAGCAAAAAAGGACACUUGGUCACCACAGUCGCCAUUGGAGGCAUGACUUGUGGCGCGUGUACCUCUAGCGUCGAAUCUACCUUUACUAACGUGGAGGGCGUUUUCCAACUCAAUAUCAGUCUCCUGGCUGAACGUGCAGUGAUUAUACACGAUUCGUCAAUUGUUCCAUCUAAACAACUAGUCAGCAUGAUCGAGGACGCUGGCUUCGAUGCAUCUAUCGUAUCAUCCGAGCUGCAGGAGCCUCUAUCAAGAAAAUCUCAACAACUCAAACUGAGCAUCCAUGGUCUUCGAGAUGGUGCAUCCUCAUCCGCACUAGAGCAGGAUCUGCUAGGGCGACCAGGAAUCAAAGCAGCCACCAUGACAAUGGCAAAUUCCCAAUUAUCCGUCACUUUCGACUCUUCCGUGAUUGGCAUCCGGUCGGUGUUUGACGUGAUUGAGGCAUCUGGAUACAAUGCUCUUGUUGCCGAUUCAGAUGAUACGAAUGCUCAACUAGAAUCUCUCUCCAAAACAAAAGAGAUUCAAGAAUGGCGACGUGCGUUUACUAUAUCCGUCUCUUUCGCAGUCCCCGUGUUCUUCAUCAACAUGAUUCUGCCAAUGUAUUUGAAAAGCUUUGACUUUGGAGGUAUUCAACUGUUUCCGGGACUCUAUCUUGGUGAUUUGCUCUGCUUUAGUCUAACUAUUCCUGUACAAUUUGGCAUUGGCCGAAGAUUCUACGUCAUCAGCUAUAAAUCUCUCAAGCAUCGAUCACCGACAAUGGACGUGCUUGUGAUGCUUGGUACAUCUGCUGCAUUUUUCUACAGCUGCUUUACCAUGAUCAUCGCCAUUUUGGAUGAUCGUCACAACCGCCCGAGUACAGUUUUCGAUACUAGUACUAUGCUUAUCACGUUCAUCACACUGGGUAGAUGGUUGGAAAACCGGGCUAAAGGACAAACCUCUGCCGCAUUAUCACGUCUCAUGUCUUUGACCCCCUCCAUGACAACAAUCUACGAAGACCCCAUCGCAGCGGAAAAGCUAGCCGAAGGAUGGAACACCGAGAGGGUGUCUGGUAGUACCAAUCUAGGGUUAUCAGAAGACUCUUACGUAAAUCAAAUGAUCAUACCCACGGAGCUGAUCCAAGUCGGCGAUGUCAUACUCCUCCGUCCCGGUGACAAAGUUUCGGCGGAUGGAGUCGUGAUCCGAGGCGAGAGUUAUGUGGAUGAAAGUAUGAUCACUGGAGAGGCUUUGCCGAUCCAAAAGAAAAAGGGCAGUGUUGUUGUUGCCGGCACAGUCAAUGGGACAAGCUCUAUUGAUUUCAAAGUUACCCGGGCAGGCAAAGACACUCAACUCAGCCAGAUCGUCAAGCUAGUCCAAGAUGCGCAGACAAGCCGCGCCCCCAUUCAGCGCAUGGCGGAUAUCGUUGCCGGCUAUUUCGUCCCGACUAUCAUCUGUCUUGGAUUGAUCACCUUCUUUGGUUGGAUGUUCCUCAGUCAUGUCUUGUCUCAUCCACCGAAAGUCUUCCAGUCGGAAGAUGGUAAAGUCAUGAUCUGUUUGAAACUUUGCAUUUCAGUCAUUGUCUUCGCUUGUCCAUGUGCCUUGGGUCUGAGUACCCCAACCGCAGUCAUGGUGGGCACUGGAGUCGGCGCAGAGAACGGUAUUUUGGUUAAAGGUGGUGCUGUUCUCGAGGCGGCUACUAAAAUCAAUCAUGUCGUGUUUGAUAAGACUGGCACAUUGACCACUGGUAAAAUGAGCGUGUCACAGGCUCGAAUUGAACCUUCCUGGACGGCAAAUCAGUGGCGGCGCCAACUGUGGUGGUUGAUUGUUGGUCUCGCAGAGAUGGGCAGUGAACACCCGAUUGGCCGGGCAAUUCUCUCGGAAGCGAAGUCUGAAUCCGGUAACCCAGGAGAAGAUGGGCUACCUGGUAGUAUUGGCGAUUUUGAUGCAGUUGUAGGCAAGGGUAUCUCCGCUGUUGUUGAGCCCACGUCCAGCGUCGAGCGCAUCCGCUAUCGAGUUCUGCUUGGAAACGCAAAUUUCCUCCGAUCAAGCGACGUCACUGUACCUCCAUCGGCAGAUCCCCAAUCAACUGAAUCUGACGAGGCCUCCGAUACGCCUACAGCUAAACCUACCAACACGAUCUCCGGAAUUACGCGGAUCCAUGUAGCAAUCGACAACCAUUACGCAGGCACAAUAUCCCUCCGGGAUACCGUCAAGGACACAGCCGUUGCAGCGAUUGCAGCUUUGCACCGUAUGGGCAUCGCAACCUCAAUGGUGACGGGUGAUACAGCCUCUACUGCGAUUGCGAUUGCAUCGGCAGUCGGUAUUCCAGUCUCGUCGGUCUACGCAUCUGCAUCACCAUCUGACAAACGCACCAUCAUUUCAGACCUUCAAACAAAGGGAGAUAAUAUUGCUAUGGUCGGUGACGGUAUCAAUGACUCUCCAGCUCUAGCGACGGCAUCGGUUGGAAUUGCUCUGGCUUCAGGCACCGAUGUCGCAAUGGAAGCCGCUGACAUCGUCCUAAUGCGACCUGACGACCUUCUCUCUGUACCUGCCAGUCUUGCCCUGUCCCGGACCGUCUUUACCCGCAUCAAGCUGAAUCUAGUAUGGGCUUGCUUGUACAACAUUAUCGGCCUUCCUUUCGCCAUGGGCAUCUUCCUCCCUUUUACUGGUUUCAUGCUGCCCCCAAUGGCAGCAGGAGCUGCCAUGGCUGCCUCCAGUAUCUCAGUCGUUGUCAGCAGUUUACUUUUAAAGCUUUGGCGCCGUCCAUCAUGGAUGGACAUCGACCGCCUCGAAAAGGAAGUCAGCUCAGGUUAUAUCUCUGUUGAUGGUCGUGGCCGUCAUACUCGCAAGAAAAGCUGGUGGAUGCCAGCUACUAUCAUAUCUAACUCUCAACCGCGCUCUCUUCGUCGCUUCGUUACCAAUACUGUCUCGUCGCUUUGGCGCAUGGCUACCGGCAAAGCUAAUGUCGUUCGUGAAGACGAAGGAUAUGUGCCACUGCAAACUGUGGAGCCUGUAUGA